AUGGCUCGUUCUCUUAAAAAAGGACCCUUUGUAGCGGAUAAGCUCAUGAAAAAAAUUGAGCGUUUGCAUGCAAAAGGGGAAAAAACUGUGAUUCAAACCUGGUCACGUAGUUCUACGAUUACGCCAAUUAUGAUUGGUCAUACUAUUGCUGUGCAUAAUGGUCGUGAACAUCUUCCCGUUUUUGUAACUGACCAGAUGGUUGGACAUAAACUUGGAGAGUUUUCGCCGACACGAACAUUCCGUGGGCACAUCAAAACUGAUAAAAAAACACGCCGUUAA